UUCAACCAUCAAACGUGUCCAACCAAACUCCAUGUUCGUGCCUCCUCUAUGCCACUGUUGUUUUGGUUUGGUUUAGUUGGUUUUUUGUUUUUGUUUCCCACCCUUUCUUUUUCUCUCUAGAAUGUUGUCAAAUACAAAUACAGUUGCACCCUUGUCUUGAAGGAUUACAAAAACAUAGUUUUCUUUGGAACCUAGUAUUAUCAUUACCUGUGGUGGUGGUUGUGUGCUGAUCUUUGUUUCCCAUGUGCUGACUUGGUUUUCUUCACCCCUUUUUUUCGUUUCCUACCGUUUAAUCUUUCUCCAUUUGGGUUUACUAGCUUUCCUCUUUCCUUUGGUCUUGGGGUUGAAAAGCUCAAAUUUUGAGGAUUGAAAGAGAGUUGGUGUGUGAAAAAUCAGCUACUUCUCUUCAGCUUGUUAAUGGGUUUGUGUUGAGGUGCUCUUGGCUCUUCCUGGAUCCAGGUUUUUCUGGUUAUUGAUCUUAUAACUCUUAGUCUUUAAUUGAAAGAAGAUGACUGUGAGAGAACCCUGAAUAGUUUGAAAGAGGUAGAAGAUGGAAAAUACAGGCUUAUUGAUUCAAAAAGAGAAUCACAGGAAAAAGGAUUCAUUGCAUCGUUUGUGCAAUGAUAAGGAAUUAUCAGAUGAAGACUCUUCAAAAUCACAGUUAAAGAAGUUGAUUAAAAGAUCAAACUCUCAUCGGGCACUAGUUGUAAAUGCUAUCCAAUCUCAAAUUAGUAAAGUUUUCUUCAAGGAUUUAUUCUUUGGACGUGUCCAUGGACUAGAUAAUAGGAUUCCAAAGCAUAUGGUGAGUGUGGACGAGAAAUAUCUUCGUCGCUGUCUGGAAUUUGUGCAUAACAGUGCAUUAAAAGCAGCUCAAUGCAGCAUACCUGUAAGCUUAAGAGCCACCAACAUGGGGACUUUAUCAGAAACCUUGAAUACAGCUGAGUUUUUUGGUGGAAUGCCAUGUGGUUCAGGACAAUUUGUCUUUGAAUGUCCUAUAACCGCCGAGACCGGGAGAGUAUUUAUAAGUGCUAAUGGUGGAGAAGAGUGGACUUUAGGUUCAGUAAUGGGGAGCAAGAGUAUGAUAAAUAUAUUGAAUAGUGAUCUGCUUCAGCACUUUGGUGCUUCAGAUAGAAAUGACAAUUUGAACAGGAUGAACUUUUCUGAUGCUAAAGGAAUGAUAUGCUAUGAUUUUAUGGACUCUCCGAGCAGUUUAAGUAUCUCUUCAUCACAUAAAUUAGAAAAGGAAACACCAUUGGUGCAAAGUCAUAAGUAUGGCCCCAUUUCUGUUCAUAAAAGGCUUGCUUCCACUUCUAGCACUGCCUCUACUUGUUCCGAUUGGUUGUCUUCGGCUUCUUCUACUCCAUCUCAGGGAAUGAUCCAAUGUACAUGGAAACGAGGGAUUCCUCAUUUUGUUUUUUCUGCAGAUGAUCAGAAGGAGGUCUAUGUAGCAAACUUGAGGAAGGUUGAUUCGUCAGAUGAUAAGGCUUUGGACUAUGUGUACCAGUUUCACUUGAAUAAGGGGGGCCAGAAGAGUCGUCAUAUUCCUGAGAGUGAUUUGCAGCUUGUUGGUAAGAUGCAUGUAUCCACAAGUUUCACCCUUUGCCAGAACAAUUGUAGAAUAAUGGAGAGAGAGUUUACAUUAUUCAGUAACAUUGAAAUUUAUGACAAAGAAAUGUACACAUCAGAACAUCCUCACAGGAAGAACAAGGGGCUGUCAAAGAAGGUGUCACAAGUUUUCAGAACUAGUCCAUCAUCAAAACGCAGAACACUCUCAAGGUUUGGUGGAUCAAGUUCCAUAGAGGAGAGUUGUCCUUGGGAUCCACAUGCUGUUGGUAGGACCAAUUUAUUAGAGACUAAUAAUGUUCCUCCAAAUUUUGAGAUGGCUGCAAUUGUUGUGAAAGACCAUCUUCCUUGUAAUAGAGCAGACAAAGUAGGUGGCUGGGGUUUAAAAUUUCUCCACAAAUCUGGAUCAAAUCAAUUCACAUUGCCUUCUGAAAGUUGUAAUAGAAAUAAUGGUGAUUGCUCAACUAGCAUGAGCAUUCUAAUUCCAGCAGGCCUUCAUGGCGGGCCAAGAAUCAGAAAUGGUGGCCCAUCCAGUCUGAUAGAUAGAUGGAGGUCUGGGGGCCACUGUGACUGUGGUGGUUGGGAUGAGGGAUGUCCUCUGACAGUACUUCAGAGAAGAUCUAGUAAAGGAGAGGUUCUGUCUCAAGUUGAUACACAAGAGUGCAAGUCAGUUGAUUUAGUUACUCAGGGUUCAAGCAAUUUCAGCUCCACCUUGAGGAUGGUCAAUGUUCAUGACGGUCUAUAUUUUAUUCAUUUUCAUCCAGCUCUGUCUGCACUACAAUCUUUCUCCAUUGCUGUGGCAAUAAUUCAUGCGCAAAGUCCUUCUCUUCGGCCCAACAGUGCACAGGAGCUGUCAUAACAAAAAGUUAAAAAUUGAGGUUAUUUAACGGUCACAAGUCCCUUACUGUAUUAUAUAAGCAACUGAAGAGAAGAUUUAGGUUUUUAUACAUGAAUCUUUGGGGUUUUUUUAUUUUUUUGGUGAGUGAAUCGGGGUUUUUGUUCCGAUGUUUAAGGUUGUUAUUUUCAUACUGUAAGAUGUUAUCUUAUUUAGGAGAACUAGCUUUGUUUGUCUUUUCUCACAGUUCGUAGACAAGAACUAUUGUAGCCAUUUCCUCAUUCUUUUUUGUUGAAGAGGAUAGAAUGUAAAAGGGUUUGUUGAAGAAAAUUUGGUAAAUUGUAGCAUUGAGAUUGGGUUUGUUAUGGUUGUGGAUGAGAAGUGGAAUUAGCACUUAAUCUGAAGAAUAACUAUUUGAAGAUAGCAAUUCAGUAAUGUAUCAUGACUCAUGAUGCUUUGAUACAAAGCAUAUGUGAGAUUUUGUUUCUUCUAAUUUCUCU